AUGAAAGCAACAAGCGCAACACCAUCUACAUCAGCACCUGUCGCUCACAACGCCUUACCCCCACCAUCUGCAACAUCCAAUGCUCGUUCCUCUAGAAUCGCUCCUCACUCGCACAUAAAAGGAUUAGGGCUCACAUCAGAUGGCCUUGCAGCACCCGAUGGUGCAGGAUUCAUAGGCCAGACUAAUGCUCGAGAGGCAUGUGGUGUGGCGGUGGAUCUCGUAAAAUCCCGCAAAUUUUCGGGGCGCGCGCUACUUCUCGUGGGCGCGCCGGGAACAGGCAAAACAGCCCUUGCUCUAGCAGUAUCGCACGAACUUGGUACCAAGGUGCCAUUUUGCCCGAUGGUUGGUUCUGAGGUGUAUAGCACAGAGGUGAAGAAGACGGAGGUACUUGCAGAAUCGUUCAGGAGGGCAAUCGGUCUGCGGAUAAAAGAAACCAAGGAGGUUUACGAAGGAGAGGUUACCGAACUUACGCCCGCAGAAUCUGAAAACCCAUUGAGCGGAUACGGAAAGACAGUCUCGCAUGUUAUCGUUGGUCUUAAAACUGUCAAAGGUACCAAGCAGCUACGACUGGAUCCCACCAUCUAUGAAGCAAUCCUGAAGGAAAAAAUUGUUGUUGGUGAUGUUAUCUAUGUAGAAGCCAACACCGGUGCAGUCAAGAGAGUUGGACGAUCCGAUGCAUAUGCCUCCUCCUACGACCUCGAAUCUGAAACAUACGUGCCAUUACCGAAAGGUGACGUUCAUAAGCGCAAAGAGCUUGUCCAAGACGUUACUCUCGGUGAUCUCGAUGCCGCUAAUGCGCGUCCGCAAGGCGGUCAAGACAUCAUGAGCGUCAUGGGUAGUCUUGUGAAGAGCGGAAGGACGGAGGUGACAGACAAACUUCGAAGAGAAGUCAACAAGGUGGUCAAAGGCUACGUAGACCAGGGCGUUGCCGAGGUUGUUCCGGGCGUAGUUUUCAUUGAUGAGGUGCAUAUGCUGGAUAUCGAGUGCUUCACCUAUCUCAAUGCCCUCCUCGAAUCCCCUAUGGCACCUACUGUAAUACUUGCUACCAAUCGUGGAAAUGCGCUAGUACGAGGGACGACCGACAUCGUCUCACCUCAUGGUGUUCCUGUAGAUUUAUUGGAUCGGUGCCUUAUUGUGAAGACUGACGGAUAUAAUCGCGAGCAGAUCGGCAAGGUGGUACAGUUGCGUGCGAACGUAGAAGGUCUUAAAUUGGGUUCUGGGGUCUUGGAGCGAAUAGCAGAGGAGGGUGAACGAGGAUCAAUGCGAUAUGCUCUCCAACUUCUUACUCCAGCUUCAAUUCUCGCUGGUCUUUCCGGGAGAAGUCAGAUAGAAGUGGAGGAUAUUGGGGAGAUGAAUGAGUUGUUCUUAGAUGCGAAGACUUCUGCAACCAAUAUUGGCGCGGAUGGAGGCUUUGACGGGGGAAAGAUGUGGUGA